CCCAUUGCUGUACACACAAAAAAACCAAAAAAAAAAAACCGAAUCGCUGUAUCCAAUUCCGGCCUCCUAAAACAGCAAUCCAAACCAAAAAACCCAAAAAAAUUGAUUCGCUGCCGAACCUUGUAGACACGAGAUUUGUGGUCGCUGAAUUGUUAUUGUCCGAGGAAUUGCUCAAGGCACCCGCACCAGGAUUUGGUUCGUGGCCCUCCAAUUGCAUUAAGUCAACUUCCCUUGGAGUUCGCAAGUUUCAAAACAAAGAUGAUGGACGCUAUACGGAAUCUUCUCGGCAUUCCCAUUGCUCCACCUGAUCUGGCCCCUACAACCACUCUAUACAAUCCUACAUCUAAGGAUAUGGAAUCUGUGGAGCGUACUAUUGGUGAUUCAGCGAGAGUUUCUGAAGUUGCUGAUGAUGGUGUUUGUGUUGAAGGCUUAAUGAAGAUCUAUCAUCAAGUGGCCAUAGUCUUUGGGUCAACAUUUUCUCUCCAGUCCUGAAGCAUGAGUGGGAGCCUCCACCUUGAGGACAAGGUGGUUUUCUAAGGGG